GCCAGCCCGUCCGAGCGAGACGCGAACCCACGACUGAACUCCCAGUGUUCAGGGUAUGAAGACCACUCGGCCACUGGUGGGCCUUACAUUCUAAGUAACAGGCUUGUUUAAUUGUUACUUCUGAUUGGAUAAUAGAACGUCACGUGGUCACUAUGGAAAAUUUUAAACAAAUUUGUUAUAGAAGCCAAGAUAAGGUAAUUUUCCUUAUUAUUUAAAAAGAAAUUAAAAUUAAAAUUACACCAGUUGCCAAACCAUUUAAAAAUGCAAUUUACAGCAGUUUAGCCAUAAAAAUUCCCAAGUGAAAUAAAAUAAAAUUACAAAAUUAUUAAAGUUUCAACCAAACGAUCGCGUUAAUCAAUACGAGGUCUAUAAAUCUGCUAUUAUUAAUGAUUAGAUACUAAGUAAUUAGCUACUAGAGUUAGAUGUUAGUCGCCAUCUUGUGGAAGAAACACAUUUACCUUUCCGAAUGAAGAGGACAUUCGAGGAUUUAAAUUCGGAAAAAAGAAACUGUUCAGCCUUUUUCCAAACUGCAAUACCACGUAACCCAACAAAUCACAAAAACUUGCCCUUAAAUACAUCCUAAAAUUGCACGAUUAAUUUUUAUUUUUUAAAUUUGCUCGUUGUCCUUUCAAUUUCCUAGUUCCAUCUACUCUAGUUUUUUCCUAUCGAUCAUCGAGUAAAUGUACCCGAAAAUCAGAUUGUGUAUCAUUUCGAUAUUAAGACGGCACAUUCUGAUUUAAACAAUUUAUGCUAUUACAUAUUUAACUGCAUGGAAUUUAUAAAAUAAUUAUAUAAUUUCAAAUCAUAACAUUUCUAUUGUAAGGUGUAUUUCGCUAACACGUUGUUUGGAAGAAUAAUGGCGGCUUAAAGUCAGGUGAUCACAUACUGCCAAUAGAAAAGCGUUAGUUAUAUGGUCAAUCACUCAUUAUAGGCUCUCUAAUAUCGGUUGGCAAUUUUUCGUGAGUGAUUUGUCCAAAAUGUAUGGGUUUGUUCACAGUAUAAAUAGAGUAAAAAUAAGUAAUUGUUUCUUUCAUUAUAUAUUGUAUGUAGUUCUGUAUACAUAUGUGGUGCAGUGCUCCUCCCUACAGAAAGAUACGACACUUUGGCCUCCAUAAAAAAACAUAAAAUGUAUUCACUCUUUAUGACGGAGAUUCAUUUUUAAUCAUCAACGAAUUUUUAGUAAUAAAACUUAGUUGUAAUUUCGGCAAAAGCAUUUAUAUGUCGAGAAAUAUUUCCAGACAUUUUAUUCUAUUUAAUUUGAGAAAUAAUUUCCGGAAUCAGGAAUCAAAUUCCAGUUUAAAAUGUUUUGUUACUUAACAAUGAAAUAAAUAAUAUCCGCUUAACGAUUUUUAUAACAAUAUCAAUUAUUUGAUUGUUUUCACCGUAACGUCGUGUCCAAUUAAGAUCAUGGAUUAUUUGACGAUACAAUGCAAGGAUAAACAGAGAAUUACUAUUUCACAUUCGGAAUUAUGCGACAACAGUGGAAUAAUGAAGGACAUGAUUCUUUUAUCUCCAAAAUAUCAAUCUAUUACGUUUCAUUUUUCGUUUCACUAUAAUGUAAUGUCAUACAUCGUAAACGUUAUGAAAGGAAGUCGUCCACCGAUUACAUCUGUACGACACGCAAUGGAUAUAUACGAUACCAACACAGAAGUUGGUGCUAAGAACGUAAAUAGGAACGUUCGACGUUAUCUUCAUUCGGCGGUUACUAUUAAAACUGUUUGCGCCAUACACGAUUUUGCAUGCCGUUAUAAAGAAAUAUACAUCGAGUACACGUGUUGGAUACAAUUCGACCACCAUUGGAAAGACAUAUUCUUUUCCAAUUACCACUUUGAAUGUGAAGCCACCACCAUAGACAGAUUGGUUUCUCGACCCGUGUAUCAAACACUGGACGAGCUGAAUCUUUUCUGGAUUGUGUACGACUGGGCGAGUAGAAAAGCCGGCACCACACUACCCUUGAGGUCUGUUAUGAAGCCGUACCUUCAGAAAAUUCGAUUCCUGGCAAUGGAUCCAGAAAAUAUAGAAGAAAAUCUUUUCCACAAAAUCAGAUAUACUGUACUUUCGGAAGAGGACAUUCGAGGUAUCAAGCAUUAUCAUUCGACCGGAGACGUAUCGAGAGUUCCUUGUGAUAUUUGCAGCUAUACUUUCGGAAGGAGUGAGAAAUUUUAUCGAAGAUGGUUCACGUAUUUAAGUAGAAGAAAAUUCGGAAACGAAAGAGAGAUUCCCGUGAACGAAAAUACGAAGUUUGCUUCGGAGAUAUUCGUGCUCGAGGAUUGCUUCGUCACUGCUAUUAGUCUUCCUAUUACGUUCUGCAAAACGAAAAGUUUGCUCGUUCAUCUUGAUGUUUCGGUUGAAGGAAACGAAUCGAUAAUUUCGUAUCAAAAACUAUUUUGUCGUCGUCGUGAGGGAUUUACGAAAUUGCGUAAAAAUAUAUUUUUGAAAAAAUAUUCAAUAUGUCGAAUGAAUGUUAAAAUGGCAACCCGCAUCAUCCCAGACAAGAAUGUGAUGAUCAAUAUCGACUCGGAUUGUUUCGUCACCUCCGGGCAACUAAUUCGGAAGAUUUCUACACGAAAAAGGAAAAUAACCGAAGCUAACAAUAACAGUUAUUAUUUCGAUGUCCAACUGUAUUUUUGAAUUGAGGGACAUUUCAUAUAAUAAUAAUAAUAAUAAAAUUCCCGGAUAUCCGGCUUAAAUUAAACACUUACGUUCUUCUUUAGUUCUCAUUCGAGUUAUUAAAUUAGGAAAAACUUGCCCUUUCGUGAUCCCUCUCCCCGAACUUCACCAAUUAUCAGUGAUGAAAGAUCCCCUCUCCUGAUGAUGAUAUUAGAAAAGCAUUUAAUUUAUUUGUAUCCGGGACGCAACACACCAGCGAUUUGUGGAAGGGUGAUACCUUCUUCAACGACUUUUAUGGGAAACUGGUCCCUGUUUAGGUAAUAGCAAUAUAAAGAAAAUUCGGAAAAUUCCACGUUGCUAGCCCGUUGAUCAGACCCGAACCUAUGACCAACUAUCGGUUCUCGGUAGGAUUAUCCACACGGCUAUCGGUGGGCAGGAAAAUAUUAUUUUCGGACAAUUUUGUGAUGAUUGUGGAGAAAAGUAAAUGAGUGCAAUAUUAUGUCAUGGCAAACUCGCCUUCUUUCUUCCAUUGUUAGCAAUCGUCAUACGCCAAAGAAC